UGCACGCCGCCUCCCGCCCCGUCGGGCCGCGCCCGCCGCCGCCGCCUCCUCCGCGGCCGCCGCCGCCGCCCGCNGAGCCCCGCGGGCGGGCAGCCGUCCCCGGGCGGCAAGCCGUCGGCGCCGCGGGCCGCCAAGCGGCAGCGCUCGGCCUCGCCGGAGCUGAUGCGCUGCAAGAGGCGGCUCAACUUCAGCGGCUUCGGGUACAGCCUGCCGCAGCAGCAGCCGGCCGCCGUGGCGCGGCGCAACGAGCGGGAGCGCAACCGCGUGAAGCUGGUGAACCUGGGCUUCGCCACGCUGCGGGAGCACGUCCCCAACGGCGCGGCCAACAAGAAGAUGAGCAAAGUGGAGACGCUGCGCUCCGCCGUCGAGUACAUCCGCGCCCUGCAGCAGCUGCUCGACGAGCACGACGCCGUCAGCGCCGCCUUCCAGGCCGGCGUCCUGUCGCCCACCAUCUCGCCCGGCUACUCGCACGACAUGAACUCCAUGGCGGGCUCCCCCGUGUCCUCCUACUCCUCCGACGAGGGCUCCUACGACCCGCUCAGCCCCGAGGAGCAGGAGCUGCUCGAUUUCACCAGCUGGUUCUGAGCGCCCCCCGACGCCCCCCGCGCCCCCCGCGGCAGGUGGGUGCGCUCCCGCGGCCGGCCAGGGGGGCACGGGGGGUGCAGCCGUCGGGGCCGGGGGGGGGGGCGCGCAGCCGUCGGGGUCCUGCCUGGUCCCCGCGCGGCUCUGACUUCCUCUCUCUUUUCUCCUUACAGGCUGGUUGCAAAAAAAA